CAGCUCGCGGAGAUUAUGGCGUCCGGGCCUCACCCGACCGCGGCCGCCGCCGCCUCGUCGGUCGCCCCGAGCGCGGGCGGCUCCGGCUGCGGGGCGGCGGCCACGACGGCGACGGCGACCAGGGGCAUCCUGAUCGGCGACCGCCUGUACUCGGAGGUGUCGCUGACCAUCGACCACUCGCUGAUCCCGGAGGAGCGGCUCUCGCCUACGCCGUCCAUGCAGGACGGGCUCGACCUGCCCAGCGAGACGGACCUGCGCAUCCUGGGCUGCGAGCUCAUCCAGGCCGCCGGCAUCCUCCUCCGGCUGCCGCAGGUGGCGAUGGCAACGGGGCAGGUGUUGUUCCAUCGGUUUUUCUACUCCAAGUCGUUCGUCAAACACAGUUUCGAGAUUGUUGCCAUGGCGUGUAUUAAUCUUGCAUCAAAAAUCGAAGAAGCACCUAGAAGAAUAAGAGAUGUGAUUAAUGUAUUUCACCACCUACGCCAGUUAAGAGGAAAAAGGACUCCAAGCCCUCUGAUCCUUGAUCAGAACUACAUAAACACCAAAAAUCAAGUUAUCAAGGCAGAGAGGAGGGUGCUAAAGGAGUUGGGAUUUUGUGUUCAUGUCAAGCAUCCCCAUAAGAUCAUUGUUAUGUAUUUACAAGUCUUAGAAUGUGAACGUAAUCAAACCCUGGUUCAAACUGCCUGGAAUUACAUGAAUGACAGUCUUCGGACCAAUGUUUUUGUUCGAUUUCAACCAGAGACUAUAGCAUGCGCUUGCAUCUACCUUGCAGCUAGGGCUCUCCAGAUUCCACUGCCAACUCGUCCCCAUUGGUUUCUUCUUUUUGGGACUACAGAAGAGGAGAUCCAGGAAAUCUGCAUAGAAACGCUUAGGCUUUAUACACGAAAAAAGCCAAACUAUGAAAUGCUAGAAAAAGAAGUCGAAAAAAGAAAAGUAGCCUUACAAGAAGCCAAAUUAAAAGCAAAGGGAUUGAAUCCUGAUGGAACGCCAGCCCUCUCAACUCUUGGUGGAUUUUCGCCAGCCUCUAAACCAUCAUCACCAAGAGAAGUAAAAGCUGAGGAGAAGUCACCAGUCUCUGUUAACGUGAAGACGGUCAGAAAAGAACCUGAGGAUAGACAGCAGGCUUCCAAAAGCCCAUACAAUGGUGUAAGAAAAGACAGCAAGAGAAGUAGAAACAGCAGAAGUGCGAGUCGAUCAAGGUCACGAACACGAUCACGCUCCAGAUCGCACACUCCAAGGAGACAUUACAACAAUAGGCGGAGUCGGUCGGGGACGUACAGCUCAAGAUCAAGAAGCAGAUCCCGCAGUCACAGCGAAAGCCCGCGAAGACAUCAUAAUCAUGGUUCUCCUCAUCUGAAGGCCAAGCAUACCAGAGAUGAUUUGAAAAGUUCGAAUAGACAUGGUCACAAAAGGAAAAAAUCUCGUUCUCGAUCUCAGAGCAAGUCUCGGGAUCACUCAGAUGCUGCCAAGAAGCACAGGCAUGAAAGGGGACAUCACAGGGACAGGCGGGACCGGUCUCGCUCCUUUGAGAGGUCCCACAAAGGCAAGCACCAUGGCGGCAGUCGCUCAGGACAUGGCCGGCACAGGCGCUGACCCGGCCUCGAGCCACCGUCGGUUCUUGGUUUUUGCCUAUCUGCAGUGUGGUGUAUGGACUCGUAAUCAAAAUGUUAAAAGCAAACUGAUUAGGAUUUGAUUUAUUAAAACCUUCUAGGUCUCUAGAAACACUGAGGACAUUUUCUUUUGAAAAGAACUAUGUUAAAUUUUUUGCACAUUACAAUGCCCUAGCAGUAUCUAAUUGGAAACCAUGGUCAGGUUCAGUUGUACUUACAGUUGUGUAUUGUUUAUUGCUAUCAGAACUGGAGCGUAAAUUGUGUAAAAACGUAUCUUAUUUUUAUACAGAUAAAAUUGCAGACACUGUUGUAUUUAAGUGGUUAUUUGUUUAAAUGAUGGUGAAUACUUUCCUAACACGGGUUUGUCUGCAUGUGUAAAGAUUUUUACAAGGAAAUAAAAUACAAAUCUUGUUUUUUUAAACUGCUUCAAAUAUCUUAUUUAAAUAAAUUAUUAAAAAGAUAAAAUUUUCAUAGUAAAAUGGCUGCACUGAUUUUCUGUCAACACGUGUCCUUGUCCCUUUCUUUAGACAACAGUCUGAGGUUAUUAAAAUACAGUUCCUAUCUGUGUCCUGAGCUGCUAGCAGGCUUCGCCGUGGCCGUGGCGGCGCGGUGUGACAUUUGACGUUCCCUUGUAGCACUGGACCAGUCUUCCAGGCAGACAGCUGACGGACGCGGGAAUGGCGCCUCCGGGCUGCUUGUGAGGCAGUUGUAAGUACUUCCUCUAACAGGGCUGCUCUGUCCAACGGAUCACAACUGAACAUGCCAGUCAGUGAGUCCAGCUGUUGAGAUUUAGGGCGGUGGUGUGGUGGGGUUCUUGUUAAAUUUGCACACAGGCUAAGAGAAUUCAAUGAUGCGGGCCCUGACCUGGCUGGGUGAUAAAGGAAAAUCUGACCACAGAGAAUGAAGUCUUGAUGAAAAAGCCAGGACUUGCAUUUAAAUGGUUAUUUUUCAAAUGAUUCCUGUAGGGAGGAAUAUUUUCUGAACAUUUUGGAAAAUUUAGAGAUCCUUAACCGCAAUUAAAAUACUACUUCAGAGUUAGCUUUCCGUUGGUAUGUUGUUAUCCACCUUGAUCACUUACCUUCUCCACUAGACUGGGCUCCAUAUGGUUUUUUUUUUUUUUUGCUGUAAAUACACCCACAAAGAGAUUUAUUGCUGUUAAAAAAGUUUCUGAUUUCAUAACAUGGAGAAACCUGGAAGGCAUUAUGCUGAGUGAAAUUAGAUGCAACAGGACAAAUACUGUAUAAGACCACUAUUAUAAGUUCUUGAGAAAUG